UCAUUUGUGGCAUCACGUUUGAAAAAAUUGACGGAUAGCUCUUUCGCGGCACGGCUCUUUAUCUGAUCCUACUACUUUUCAGUAUUCUAAGUAUUCUAGGCGAUGUUGACAUGAAUAAGUGGAUUGGCCACGGUAUCGGUUGAUGUUUUGAAAAAUAGUUUUCACCAGUUCGAGGCGGGCGAACAGUCACGGGAUGUCACGUCUUUCUAAUAUUCUCGUGCAAGGGAAUUUCUGCGCAUUGGAGCGUGUGCUGUAUUGUUCUGAGCUUCGUGCUUCCAGCCCGCGCCGCUCCCAGGAUAUAGCCCAUAGUCUCUAUGCAUAUGGACUGGGAGAAGGAAUAAAGCAAUUGCCAACGAUGAAUAUUUGGAUGCAUGGACUCCACACACCCCAUGGGUGCUGGUUGAGUAUACGAUGGGCCUGGAAUCUUUUCUCCCAAUUCUGGCAUAUUUUCUUCGGAAGACCCAGUGUGCGUGCACGCGGAUGUAGCAGGCGGCCUCUGCCCCAAAGUGCCCGAAUCGAAGCCACCCGCAGAGGGCUGGGUCGCGCACCGGGCCUGCGCCGUCCAGAGGCUGACUUUAUAGUUCGAGUUCAUGGAAAUUUAAAUGAUGCACAAUUAAUAAAACAUUACAUAAAAGAAUUUUUAAUCCCAAAUUGUGGUGCUAUGCUAAAUGACGAAAAAAUUGCGAUAACCAAUAUAAAAGCUAAGAAAUGACAUUUCUCAGGUGCUGAAAUUGUUAAAAUCAGACGUCAUGUUUACUUUGCUAAAAGGAAUAAUGAUAAAAUGAGAAUUAAGCACAGAUUGAUGGUAAACGCAC